CUCUGCUGCUCUCCUGCCUCCCCCCUCACUCACACAUACACUCACACACACACCCCUUUCAUAAGGUGCUGGCAGCAGCAGUGUUAGCAGCAGCAGCAGCAGCAGCAGCGACGGCAUCAGCAUUGAAAGAAGAGGGAGCCUCAGAGACAAGAUGUAGUCGCGUGAAUGUGCAUGUAGCCUCGCAGCCAUCAUCCUCCUUCACUGUGGAAUUACGGAAACAAAAGAGGAGGACCUUUCUUCCGCAUCUGCAGUUUCCAUUUUUCCACCUUUCCCCUUGUCGCGGUUUUUCUGCCCUCCCCUCGUGCGUGGCGUCGUUUUCGACGGAGGCUAGUGGCAGAGCUGGAGAGGAGGGAGGCUGACAUGGGCUUGUCUGCGGACUGAGAUCACCAAACCUUCGAGGUCUCCUCAGAGGCCGUACUCUCCUUUCUUCUUUUUUUCCCUUUCCCUGGCAGGCUUUUUGUUUUUCAGCGGACUUGUCCGAGGGGCUGCCGCCGCCGUGCUAAAUUGGGCUAUUGUUGGACAGGCAGGCCUUUCUCUCUCUCUCUCUCUCUCCCUCCCUCCCUCCCUCCCACUCUUCCUCCACAAUACCCUUUCCUCCCUCCCUUCCUUCACCACUCCAUCCUUUCAUCGCAAUGCACCUUGCUUAAACUCAUAUGUGUGUUGGUCGUUACGCAUGCACUGUCCAGAAUUGUCUUUGCGCUGCUUCUCGCUCCUCUUGCCCCAUUCCCACCCGCCAUCCCCUUCUUCUCCCAUCCCCGCAGUGCCUGGCAACGUAAUGUGCCCUUCGUGGCAUAUGAAUCCGGAUGUUUGGCAGGGGGUCGGUGGGAUUUGUUCCAGUCAAGGGUGAUGCCUCAAAGGACAGCCCAGCCCAGCGCUCCCACGCCCACCUCCAGCCAGCCUGCACGUCACUGAGCACGCCCGCCUGCACCACCACGUGUCAUCCCCAAUUUGCGUGCGUACGUGCAUGUAUGUGUGUAUAUGCGUACGCACGUGUGCAUGUGCGAGAGCGCCCUUACCAUGACUCUGGCCUGAUACCUGGACUGGGGUGUCCCCUGCCAAUGUAGGGGAGGGACUGAACCUCAGGUUACUCCCCACCCCCUCCCUCCCCUUCCCCCUCCCUCUCUCCCCCCUUACCCCCUCCACGGGUAACCUGUUGGCAUGAAGAAGACCCGCAGCACCAACCUCAGGCGGGCCUGGCCCAGCUCGGAUCUACCGGAGCGGGCCUUGGAGCACAUCCGCUCUCGCAGUGAGAAGGACUACCACCACCAUAAGCACUUUCCACCGCCCCCUCUUCCGACCCACAUCUCCCCUUCUCCGCGGGGCUACAUGACACCAGGCGAUGUAUCUCCAAUCAGUAUGUCACCCAUCAGUCAGUCUCAGUUCAUCCCACUGGGAGAGAUUCUGUGUCUGGCCAUCUCAGCCAUGAACUCUGCCCGCAAGCCUGUCACACAAGAUGCGCUGAUGGAGCACCUUGCCACUUGCUUCCCAGGUGUGCCCACUCCGAGUCCAGAGAUCCUGCGGCACACGCUGAACAUGUUGGUACGGGAGAGAAAGAUCUACCCCACACCAGAAGGUUACUUCAUUGUUACUCCACAGACCUACUUCAUCACCCCCUCCCUCAUCCGCAGCAAUAGCAAGUGGUACCACCUGGACGAGCGGCAUCCAGAGCGACAGCAGCAGCAGCAACAACAGCAGCCACCACCUCAACAGCAAUGCACAUCGCCACAAUCUGGAACCAUCACUCCCUCCACCUCUGGCUGCAUACGAGAAAGGCCUAACCCUAAGAACCACUGCGACUCCUAUAAUGCCUACCGCGAUGAGGUGCCCAGCAUUCAUACCUCUACGAUUCAAAGAAAAUCCCCAAAAGAACCCAAAGGUGAUCCCCCUUCAUACCCACAACCCCCACCCCCCCCAACUGCCAUUCAGCACCCACCUGACCCCACAGACAAGAGCAAGAGCAUGACCGCUACCUUCCCUUACAAGACAGACACACUGACCAAGAAGAAGGAGGGCAGCGGUGGGGGCAGCAGUGAAAGGCAGUCCAAGAAGUUUGGGUUGAAGCUGUUCCGCUUGAGCUUGAAGAAGGACAAGACCAAACAGCUGGCUACCUUUUCAGCACAGUUCCCUCCAGAGGAGUGGCCAUUGAGGGACGAUGACACACCGUCUGCUGCAGCGAUCCCACGUGAGGUGGAGAUGGAGAUCAUCCGCCGCAUCAACCCAGACCUGACGGUGGAGAACGUGGCCCGUCACACAGCUGUCAUGAAGCGGCUGGAAGAAGAACGAGCUCAGCGCUGCAAGGCCAGCUCCUCUGCACAGCACAGUGCCCGCAGUCGCCGAAGCCGAGGGCACCGGCGCGUGCCACACGGGAAGUCGCGUUCGCACAGCAAGACGCGGGCUUCUCGGGGAGACCCCUCUGAGGGCUCCAAUCUGGACCUGCCAGCAGUCAGCCUGGAGAGGGACUACCGUUUUUUCAGUCACUCUCUGGUACGCUCGCCAAGAGAGGGAAUGUACACAGUGGAACGCAGAAGCGGUGGUGCCUACCUUGUCCACAGCAACCCCAACAUUGCUGAGUCACACUUUCCUGUUACCCCGGAGUGGGAUGUUUCGGGGGAGCUCGCAAAGAGGCGGACAGAGAUGCCUUUCCCUGAGCCUUCACGUGGAACAUCACAUUCUAGAGUGCACCGGAGCCACAGCCACACUCAGGACCGCAAGUCACGCAAUGAGCGGCCCGACAAGGCAAAAGAGCGAUCGCGUUCUAUGGACAACUCCAAGGGCCCGCUGGGAGGUGGGAGCUCCACACUUGGCACGGUUGAGGAUUACGACUGCAGUCCUGACGACAGAAGCCGCUACUAUACUGAUGACGGGACACUGAGGGCCUCCUCUCAGAAGGCCCCACACUACUCGUGCAUCAUGUUUUCUGCUGCCAAGUUCAGCUCUGAAAUGUCUGUACCUGAUAUGGGCAAAUUGAGUCUAGAUGACUCGAGGCUCUGCAGCCCUCUAGAACGGAACAAGAGCAGGGACAGCCUCCCAGCCUACAGUGACCUGAAGGCCCUGUCGCCGAAGCCUUUGGCUGAUGACUACUUUCAGUGCAAUACAUCGAAUGAAACAAUCCUUACUGCCCCGCUGCCUCUGGGCAAAUCUGACCAUGACACUUUAACCCCAUCUGACGGAAUCCGCAAGGGCUCUCCAGCUGACCGACAGACACCGCACCUCACCUCUCCUCACCCCUUGGAGUACAAAGAGGACUCAUCCACCAAGGGGCACAAUGGUUCUGGCAAACCCACACCAAGCCAGACACCUGAGCCUAUGCCCAAUGGACGUUUGAUACAGCACCAACACAACACUGACCCAGGGGGCGGGGGAGGUGGUGGUAGCACUGGUGGCGGGGUGGACAAGAGGAAAGAGAUUUUUAGUAAGGACACUUUGUUCAAACCGCCACACAAUGUUUUGACUAUGAGCUAUGUGGACAGUAGCUACUCAAAGUCAGGCACUUUGCGUAAGACUCCGCACAUGAAAUCAUCCGAGGUCCUUGACACUCUGGAGACCCAACAGCCACCGAACUCCACCACUUUGUCUGCUUCUGCCCCUGCACCAACCGGCACAGAACAGGGUGCUCCCUCCACAUCUGAAGCUGCUUUUGACUAUUACAACGUGUCAGAUGAUGACGAUGAGGAGGAGGCAGAGGAGGCCUCCCGUAAAGAGGUUGCCCCGACAGAAGCAAAGGGGCGGGCAGGGGCCGGAGACGGUGUUGGAGGCGGCGGGACCAUGCAGUGGUUGCUAGAACGGGAGAAAGAGUGUGAUUUACAGCGGAAGUUUGAGAACAACUUGACUCUGCUCAGCCCUAAGGAGAGCGAGAAUAAUAACAGCCAGAAGUCGGCUCACUCGGCCCGGCUGGACAGCAUGGACAGCAGUAGUGUGACUGUAGACAGUGGGUUUAACUCCCCUCGCACACGGGAAAGCCUGGCGUCCAACACCUCGAGUAUUGUGGAGAGUAAUCGGCGACAGAAUCUGGCUCUAAGUCCAGGCCACAUGGGUACCACCAGCAUCGGCCCCCCAUUCAGCUUCCGUGCAAUCCCAGAGCCCCCUACCACGCAACCUGAGAAACUGCAGAAAUCCCCCAACUGCCUUGCCUCCAUCACCAGCGUCUGACAUGGGCCCAUCUGGGUUGACGUAGGGUCAGGGUGAUCUGCAAUGUUGGGGUGCCUAAGUGCAGGAAGUUGGGUGAAUCCCUCCAUCAAGCACCUCAACUACAUGGGGACUGUUAAAUCCACAGGCAUGGCUUCCAGAGACUGUUCCCACAGCAUAAAUGAUCACUGCAAAAAAAGAAACAUGAAACAUGGAAAAGGACAUUUCUCAUCAUAGGAUUUACCUUAACAAGCAAUUAAUCAGGAAAUUCUCCAGUCGGAAUCAACCGUUAUUUUCAAAAUAGGCUUGAAGUAACUGAUAAUUUAACAAUGCUUUGUUUUCAAGAGUAUUUUUGUCAAUCACAGAUUUAGAGAUCAUCCAGCCAAUGGAUUAAGUAUGCACGCAUUAAGAAAUAGAUGCUGAUGCGCAGGUCAAAGGUCUUACAGAUUUGUGAUAUUGGUAUGCAGUACAAGUUAAAAAAUGAGGCAUAAAAGCUCUAAUCUGAACAACAUUUAAUUCAUGGUUCAUAAAGUUGUAUAAUAUUCCUAAAAAUAAAUACAUUCUUCAUGACACUGUUAGCUACAUUGGUGACACAAUAAGAAUCAUAUUCACAUGCUUAAUAAAACAAUGCAUAGAUUGAA